AUGGGAAACGAAGACAUCAUCAACUUCCAAGACGGAAAGAUUGUGAAUCGGCGAUGGAAAAUACUCAAGCGGCUUGGUGCUGGGUCUUGUGGGGCCGUCUAUCACGUUCAAGACCUCGACAGGCCAAUGGUCGAAGGGGCUCUCAAAGCAGAGCGCAAUAACCUGGAAGACGGUGGUGUGCUGAAAUUGGAGGUGGAAGUGCUGCGCAAGCUCAGCCACCGACCGCACGCCCUCCAACUGAUGGACGCCAGCAAAAGACCAAACUACUCUUAUAUGACAAUGACGCUGUGUGACAGAGACCUAAUGGCGAUCCGGCAGUACCUGCAACAGACCUACAACACCAGCUUCUCCACCGCCUCCAUCCUGCGCAUCGCCGUCCACGGGCUGUACGCGAUCAAACAGAUCCAUGAGGUACGGUAUAUCCAUCGCGACGUGAAGCCGGGCAACCUGGUCACUGGCAGAAGCGGGCGCGCACGAAAAAUGGUCUACUUGAUAGACUAUGGAAUGGCGCGCAGCUACGUGGUGCCCGGCGGAGAUGCGCUGCGGAAGCCCCGGAAGCACGCGUUGCUCCGCGGAACUCUGCGCUACGUCUCGAUGAACGUCCACGAGCGCAAGGAGCAGGGACGCAUGGACGAUCUAUGGGCCCUGAUCUACUCGCUGGCCCAUCUCUAUGCCGGGCUGCCCUGGGCCGCGGACAGGGAGGAGGCGGUCAUCCGCAAGAAAAAGAGCUCACUGACCGACGACGAGGUCUUCAAGGAAUGCCCACCGGAAUUCACGCAGUUUGCCAAGCAGCUGAGGACCCUGCGCUACGAGGACAUCCCCGACUACCACGCCUUCUACCAAAUCUUGGUGGCCGGGAUGAAUCGAGUCGGCACCCAUUUCACGGAUCGGUACGACUGGGAGCCAGAAAGCCAGGGCAGCAACCAACUGGAGACCUGCAUCGAGACGUCAUCCCGUGAAAAGGAGACGCAUAAACCGCUGCCCCAGCCGGAUUACGACUACCAAUGCUUCCCCAACGUGCGCCCGGAGAUGUUCAAGAACACUGAUAUGAAAAUU